AAAAAGAAAGAAUUACGUCGGUAAAUAAUUUUCAUGGGCGGAAAAAACAAAAUACAAAGUUCGAUGGAAUAACCCGAGUAGAGAGAAAAGAUAAAGGCUCUACUCCUUACUUUCUAGUUUCUAACCCCCCGAGAGAAGAAACAGGUCAAGCCAAACAGAACAAAAUCAAUGGGGUCCCUUCUAAUUCGUGAAUGGACCGGGUUUCAACAGUUUCCUUCUGCAACUCAGAACAAACUCAUCGAAUUACUGGCCAAAUUGAAGCAGGAGAAUGUAAACACGUUGACAAUACUUGUUAUGGGCAAAGGCGGUGUUGGAAAAUCUUCAACUGUCAAUUCACUUAUCGGGGAACGAGCUGUCACUGUUAAUUCUUUCCAGUCAGAAGCACUGAGACCAAUAAUGGUUUCACGUACCAAGGGAGGAUUCACAUUGAACAUAAUUGACACCCCUGGGCUUGUCGAGGCUGGUUAUAUUAGUUACCAAGCUCUUGAGUUGAUAAAAGGGUUUCUUUUGAAUAAGACUAUAGAUGUUCUGCUCUAUGUAGACCGUUUGGAUGCAUAUAGAGUGGAUGACUUGGAUAAGCAAAUUAUAAAGGCUAUCACCGGAGCUUUUGGCAAACCAAUUUGGCAUAGAAGUUUGCUUGUCCUCACUCAUGCCCAACUUUGCCCACCUGAUGAAUUGAAUUACGAUGUUUAUUCCUCUAAACGUUCUGAGGCUCUUCUGAAGACUAUUCGACUUGGAGCUCAAAUUAGCAAACAAGAAUUUGAGGAUUUUUCUAUUCCUGCUGUGUUGGUUGAGAAUAGUGGUAGAUGCAAUAAAAAUGAGAAUGAUGAGAAGAUUCUUCCAAAUGGUGAAGCUUGGAUACCAAACUUGGUAAAAAUAAUCACAGAUGUUGCAACAAAUAAGGGCAAAGCUGUUGUUGUGGACAAGAAGUUGAUUGACGGCUCCGGCUCAGAUGAAAAGGGGAAAUUAUGGAUUCCUGCUAUUCUUGGACUUCAGUGGCUUGUCUUGAAAAGGAUUGAGCGAGCAAUUAAAAAUGAUAUUGCAAGGGAGAAGAGGGGUUUCUGAGAGCUGCAUUGCAGUUGUUGGGGCAACUUCAAGUUGUAAUCAUGGCCCUUCAAUGGUUCUUUUUAGUCAGAGCUGCUUCUAAAUAUUUUGUUUUUCUUAACCGAUGGUUUUUUGUGAUGCUCAAAUUAAGUCAAGAGUCUGUAAGAGUUACCGCUAGCUGUGCACUUUAAAAGCGGGAGCUUAGUAAUGGGAUAUCAAAUAAUAGAGUUGUGUUUGGAAUUGUCAUGUGUCGUGGUUUGUGCCAGGAUAUUUGUAAUUCUUUUAUUUGAGGUCUUUCCUUUCACCCUGA